GCAGAACAGUGAGAUUCUCUUCGCGCCCACGCAUUGUCACAGGGCUCGUGGCAGUGGUUUUAUGGAAGAGCAUCUGAAAGCCUCAUAUCGAGGGUCUGGUGCUAUUCAGACUACUUGCCAGCAGUUUCAGUGUGCCUUGGAUGAACCACAGAUCAGUCGGAGGCGUUCGCUAUCCUCUGAUGUUUCACCAAAGCCAUCCAUCCAUUUUGGCGUGAUUGCAUCUGGGGAUGAAUUGUUGACAACUGGCGAAGCGCGGGAUAGCAUCGUCUUGAAGGAGUCAGUGAUUGGAUUCGACAUGGAGGGAACCAGUCUGGGGGUGUGGGCUGCAUUUCCAUUCUGCAUUGUCAUCAAAGGUGUUUGCAACUAUGCAGAUGGUCAUUAUACUGAGCGCUGGCGAAACUACGCUGUUGCGACCGCAGCAGCAACCGCCAAGGCAGUGCUGUCGCAGUAUGUCAUCAGCGAUGAACCAGUGCCAGACACUGAUAUGAAAAGGUCGGUUCACAAGCUUGGAUGGUCUUGCAUAUCUUCCACAUAUGUUUACUGUAUUCUGAUGUUCAUAUCGGUUGCAAUUCUGGUAUAUGGCUGGUUCAGGCUGAGUACCUGAUUUGUAAUCCAUCACUAUGGCAGGGUCCACGCAGGUUGAAAACAAUGAAAACAAGAUAGGG